AUGUCUUUCAACAGGAAGAACUGGUCUGCACUCUCUAGCAGCCUGGCCAGGCAGAGGACUCUGGAGGAUGAGGAGGAACAAGCGAGAGAACGCCGGCGGAGAGACCGCAACCUGAGCUCCACCACUGACGCCGAGGAUGAAGCCCUUUCCCCUGUGCAGGAUCCCAACAAGCAGGCAGUGGAGAGGCUACGGCGGCUCAAGGAAGCAGAGCCACCAGCAGCAGCCACAGCCGAAGAGGAGGUGUCCGAGCAGAAGCUCACAGCGGUGCUGAGACCGCAAGAGAUCAGGAGGCAGAGGUGGCAGGUGGAGAGCUCAGAAAACCUCCAAAAGGAGAAGGAGCAGCCAGAGAACUGCAGGGAGCCAGACAUGGGAGCAGGCCGCCUAGAGGCAGCCCCGUGUCGGGGGUCAGCUCGGGAUGGGAAAGCCCUGGCAGGGGAGCAGCACCAGGGGCUGGCCCAAGAGCCGACGGGCCCAAAGGCAGAACAAUGUCCGGGGUUGGCUCCGGAGCAGAAGAUCCUGGUAGGAGAACAGCAUCAGGGGUUGGCUCAGGAUGAGAAGGACCUGAUAGCUGACAAGCCCCCGCAGGAGCCAGAGGUGACGGGAGGCCAGCCCCGGGGAUCGGCUCGGGAGCAGAAAGACCGUAGUCACCUGGAGGUGAAAGUCUUCUCAAGGGGAGGAAGCCGCAUAGAACAAAAACCAGACUCCCCAGUUACUCGCCCCUCCAGCCAGCAGGAUACAGCAAGGAAUCCCCCGCGGGCUCAGGAAACAGCAGGGUCGCCCACCACCCAAGACAGACCCGGAGGCUCCUCGGUUGCUUCCCCCACUCAGAUCACCUACAGCAGCUCGUUCAAACGCAUCAGCCCCAGGACGGUCUCUUUCCGGGUGAUCUCAAGAAAAGACAAGGAAGAAAAUGCAUUAACCAGAAGUGCCAGUGUGAGACAUCCAGCCAAUAGCGUCCGGAUCGAGGAGAAACUGGAGAAAUACACCUCAGCUGUGCAGCGAUCCGAGGUGAAGUCACCUGUGACCAUGCCAAGAAGUUUUCUCCCCUCCUUGGAAGGUGUGGCCAGCAAGCGCAGCAUCUUCGAGGCCAAUGCCCCCAGCAAAGCUGAUCCGGCCCCUGUCAGAAAGGAGAAUUUGAGGCUCCCUGGCGUGGUGUCAUCUCGCAUCAACCUGUGGAUAAGCAAGGCCCAGGAACCCAGCAAGGAUGGAGGAGUCAAGGACGCUGGGAGAACCGACAGCGCGACAAAGCGCAACCUCUGGGCCAAGCGGCCUGACGACUCCUCCAGUGACACCAGGCUGUAA